AUGUCGGGCAAGUCAUCCCGCGCAUCGCCCUCGCCAUCGUCGCCGACGAGCUCGAGCUCCGGCCCCAAACUCCCCAAAUUCCUCGCCAAGGCCAACCGCGACCGCUCCAGGUCCAUGGUCGACCCCUCCGGCUCCCCUACGCCCUCCUCCUCCUCCUCCUCCCCCGCCCCUCCCGAGACGCCAAAACACAAGAAGCCUGCCCGCCGCGGAUCCAUCUUCCGCGACGUUGGCCGCAGGGGCUCGCAGGACGUCGACCCCGCCGACGUCUCCCGCGACGGCGACGACGCUGCGGACGAGCCCCCCGUCAUCGUCGAACCCUCCAGCGUACCGCGACCACGCACUCGCUCCGAGCGACCGAUGUCUGACAACUUCCCUUCUGCACAGUACUACUCCUCUCCGAGCAACGGCCGCAUGUCCGACCUUCCCACACGCCUUUCCGGCUGGUUUGCCCACACGUUCAGCACGUCGUCGACCGACCUCAGCCUGCCCUCCCUCCUCUCCCAGCAACACCUCGCCGCCUCCGUCUCCCCCAAGGGCAAGGGCUCCGCUCUCAUCACCGCCGCACGCCAGGGCAAGGGCCACAUCGACAAGGCUAUGCGCUACCUCCUCGACAGCGACGCGACCCCCGAUAAGUGUGCCGAGCCCAUCUGGCUGCUCGGCGUCAUGCACCCCGGCUAUGAGCCCCCGCCGACGCCCCCACUCGACCUCUCCGCCAGCGUCGGCAAGCGCAACUCGACCGACGGUCGCCGCUCGUCCUCCUUCCGCCCCUCCGCCUCAGCCUCCGCCUCACCCACCUUUGCCUCCCCCGACCCGUCUCUUUCCCAAUCCCAGCCCGCAUCUGCCACACCGUCGAAAGAUCCAUCAAAGAACUGGCCGCCUGUCUUCUACUCCGACUUCACCUCCCGCAUAUGGCUCACCUACCGCUCCCAAUUCCUCCCGAUCCGCGACACCACCCUCGCCGCCCUCGAGGCGGACGUCUCCGAGAGCCCAAAUGGGCUGCCCAGCAGCCCGCCAACGAAGCGGUGGAACUGGCCAAUAGGUGGCGAGAAGGGAUGGACGAGCGAUGCGGGCUGGGGCUGUAUGCUGCGCACGGGGCAGUCGUUGCUGGCGAACGCGCUCUUGCAUCUGCAUCUGGGCCGAGACUGGCGUCGUCCCCCUCACCCUGUCUACACCGCGGAUUACGCGACCUAUGUCCAAAUCGUCACCUGGUUCUUCGAUACCCACUCCCCCUUGUGUCCGUUCAGCGUCCACCGGAUGGCUCUGGUCGGCAAGGACCUCGGAAAGGACGUCGGGCAGUGGUUUGGGCCCAGCACCGCCGCGGGCGCGAUCAAGACGCUUGUUCACAAGUUCCCCGAAGCUGGUCUUGGGGUAGCGGUCGCGACUGACAGCACGCUCUACGAGUCCGACGUGUACGGCGCCUCGCGCUCCGUCGUCUACUCCUCGAGAAGACACGGCGGGCGCAUGGAGUGGGGUGAUCGCGGCGUGUUGGUGCUCAUCGGCAUCCGCCUGGGCAUCGAGGGUUCAGCACUGUAUACUUUCCCGCAAUCCGUGGGCAUCGCGGGCGGCAGGCCCUCUUCGUCAUACUACUUUGUCGGAUCCCAGGCCGACAACCUCUUCUACCUCGACCCCCAUCAUGCCCGCCCUGCCGUGCCCUUGCGCACUCCAUACAGUGAACGGGACCGCCAAUCCUCCGCUUCUCCAGAUGCGUACGCCUCGGACCGGGAACGGAACAAGGAGAAGGGUUAUCGGACGAUGCCAGCCCACCACUCCCGCGUGCCGACGUCCCCGAUGUCCGUCCGGUCGACUUCCAGCGGAGGUUCCGUGUCGUCGUUCUCGCAUCGCUCCCCCACUCUCGCCCCGUCGCCCCUCCAGCAACAACUUUCGAGCUCAUCCCAGUCCGACUCCUCGCAGUCUCACACUAGGUCCAAGUCGUCAAGCAUCCUUCCCGGUGACUCGGACAUGGAUUCGCGCGAGCUUGGGUUGGGCGUCGACCUCGACCCAAUGCAACGCCAUUUCGUCACGGCGUACUCCGUCCAAGACCUCAAGACCUUCCACUGCGACCGCGUGCGCAAGAUGCCUCUCUCAGGCCUCGACCCGACGGAGUGGCUGGAUUUGAAGGACCGGAUAACAGAGCUCUUCCGCACCAACAAGUCCAUAUUCUCCCUUGCGAACGAGCCACCACACUACCCUUCCGACUCGGACGACAUGGGCCUCGAGUCCAUCUCCGAGCCCGACAUGACAUGCCCGAAGAAGACGAAGACGAGCUCCACGCACGGCUCCGCCGUCGGAGGGUCCGCCGCAGGGUCCGCCAAGUCCGAGGUCGACACCGAAGAGGACCCCAUCGCCCCGCUGACGCCGAGUGUGGGCAAGCCUUCGUUCGACAUCGACCGUAUCAAGCGCACCGCGUCCGGCACGACACAGGACUCGCUCGAGUUCGACGACGAAGACGAUGAGGAGUGGGCGGACCCGCCCGAGUUCGCGGCCUCGCGGGCCUCGCUCGCGGCUGCGCCGAACGCGCGUCCGGCCACCGCGUCGAACCCGGAGCCCCCGCCCCAGAUGGCUGCCUCGCGCUCGACGAGCUCUACCGCAAGCAAGACGUCGGGAAAGACCGCGCGUCGGAAGAAGGGGUCGUCCGGCUCGGGCUCGGGCUCCGGCGCGGUGAAGACCGCACGCCCGGCCGUCCAGUACCCGUUUCCGGCGGGAGACCCAGAGGUGGAGGACGAGCCGAUGCCGCAGCAGCCGCAGGGGAAGCGCGUGCCGCAGAUGCGGACCGCGAAGGCGCGCGACGGCGGGCGCACCCAGAGUGGUGGGAUCAAGGGUGUGCUCAUGGACGACACGGACGACUUCUGA